AUGCCUGUCGGGCAGCGUUCCGAUCCCGAGGGUCCCCCACAAAUCCCACCGCAAGCCCAAACACAUGUGAAGACGAAUGCGACCGACCAUUAUGGUUCUGCCAACGAUUCUGGAGACUCAGCUCCCGUAUCGGGUCGCUCAUCAUUCUCCUACACGAGAAACUAUGCGACGCCCGCGACUGGUGCCCAAACACCAGACCCGCUAAUGGGCAAUACGAAUACUGUUGAUAAGCAGUCAUUAAAGAACGUAUCGCACACCAUCACCAGUCUUGAUCCAAGUAACGACAAUUUGCAUGAACUCGAUACCCUUGGACAUCGUUUAACCAAUCGAAAGCACUCGGUAUCCCGAUGCUCGGAUCUUGCCGACGAAGCGGCUUCGCCGAGCCGAACGAGGCAAGGUGUGCCGCCAGAAAUCCGAAGUUUAACAGCCGAAAUUAUUCUGGUGAUGGUCUGUUCGGCCGGUCUCAUGCUUUUUUCUUUCUUUCUUGGCGAUAUGCUCGCCCCGCAGGACCAGAUAAAGACUGCGCUCGGCAUAACCAACACGCAGCUCCCGUGGAUUGUUGGUGCUUUUAACACCGCCAAUGGCCUAUCCGUGGUGAUAUCUGGAUCACUCUCAGACCUAGCACCCCCUAGACGUCUCAUGGUUGGCGCCUUUGCUUGGUUGACCGCCUGGAACACUGUCGGGGCUUUCUCUUUGCAACCCUCGCGCUAUAUUCUUUUCUUUAUCGUGCGAGCCAUGCAAGGACUUGCUAUUGGCGUUUUAGUGUCAGGAAGCAUGAGUAUCUUGGGUAGAGUCUACAAGCCUGGCGUACGCAAGAAUCGAGUAUUUUCUGCCAUGGCCGCCUGUUGCCCUUUCGGGUUCUCGCUUGGGGCACUCCAAGGAGGUGGCCUUUACCAAAAUCUUCCCUGGAUCUUUGGAACCAACGCCAUUAUCUGCGCUAUCUGCGGUGUCGCUGCGUACUUUACCAUCCCACCUCUGAGACCGGUAGCCGAUGUUGCUGGUACCGAAGCGCCGACUCUACGACAGUUUGACUUCAUCGGGGGUGGCUGUGCCGCCGGAGGCUGCGUGUGUUUACUAUUCGGACUUACACAGGGACCAGUUGCUUCUUGGUCACCAUAUACAUACGUUCUGAUCAUCGUGGGGCUACUAUUACUGGUCGGUCUUUUCUUCGCUGAGCGUGCCGCCGUACGCCCUCUGAUUCCCAAUCGUCUGUGGUCAACACCAGGAUUCACCCCGUUGAUGAUUGCUUAUUUCCUCGGAUUUGGAUCGUUCUUCGGUUGUUGGCAAUUCUACGCAAUUCAGUUUUGGUUGCGUAUUCAACACGCAACCCCCAUCGCAGUGGCACUUUAUCACAUCCCCAACGCCGUGGUCGGAGUCUUCGCUACAUGGAUCGUGAGCCGCACCCUUCACCUUGUCCCAGGCCACUAUAUCUAUGCUGUAUCCAUGUUUGCCUUUACAAUGGGCCCUGCAUUUUUCAUACCCCAAACUGCCAACACGACCUACUGGGCCCUUUCAUUCCCCGGUAUGGCGCUUGUGACAUUUGGACCUGACCUGGCCUUUGCCGCGGCUUCGAUUUUCAUCACUAGCAAUGUCGCCCGCUCAUACCAGGGAAGCGCGGGUAGUCUGUUGGUGACAAAUCAGAAUCUUUCAUCAGCGAUUAUGACCAGUCUUGCUGAUGCAAUCGGUACACGGGUUAGUACCGGUGCCGAUGGCGAGGUCGGCAUAGAAGGAUUGAGAGCAAUUUGGUGGUUUGCAAUGGGAGCACAGUUGCUUGCACUCCUUGUGACAGUUGUUUGGGUGCGGAUUCCGAAGGAGGAGGAGAAGGAGCACGUUACAUAA